ACUAAAGUCAGUUCGGUUCUUCGACUGUUUUCAACAUGAAGUUCUUAGUGCUCUUCCUGGCUACUGUGACUUUUGCUUCUGCAACCUUCAUUGGUGGCAAGUACAUCGACAUCAAAGAAGAUGGUACUGUUUACAUCAAAGGUGAAGAUGGUAAGCAGAUCUACAUCACCAAACAUUACGGACCUUAUGGACAGAAAAACUUUGAAAUCGAAGUAACUGGACCCAACAACUUCGCUAAAACGUACCAAUUCGGCUACAACAACCAAGUACAAUAUGGUGAAGGUAUGGGUUACCCCAUCUUCAACACCCUCAAUAAAAACUACCAAGAUCAGUACGACAUCCUCGAUGUAAUCUUCAGAGAAUACUUGGGAUAUGUUGACGAAUACACUUACCAACAACUUCUCAACAAGGUCCACCAAGCUGUUUUGAACGGUUCCUUCGAUGGACAAGUCUUGUACAUCCUCCAAGCCCUCGUUGAGGACCCAAAAUGGAACACUCUGGUAUCUGGACAAAACUUCUAUGGACAAAUUGGUGGAUUUUCCAACAAAAUGACCCAGCAGAACAAAUACGGACUCGGAUUUUUCGGAAAGUUCUUCAAGACACCAGGAUUUUACGGUCAAGGAUACAACCAAUACGACGUCAACUAUUAUUACAACGUAUUGAUGAAAAUCUUCGACAGGCAAGUCUUGAAAACCAUCUUAAUCCAAGGAGAAAAGUACAACCAAGAGAUUUACGGACAAUACUCUUACGAAAAAAUGUGGGAUAUGAUUUUCACUCACGAAGGUAUCUUCGAUCACCACUACUUGGUUGAGAUCCUCAACAACGAAAUGCUCAGGACCUGGUUCGUCCAACACGGAUUUUUCGACAAAGUUGUCCUUGAUCAAAUUUUUUACGCCUACAAGACUGAAGGAGUUUACGACCAAUAUUUGUUGCAACGUUUGUUUAACACCCAGGCAUUGAAAUACUUCUUCGUCAACCGUGGAAUUUCUGUCUACGACAUCUUGGGACAAACCACCUACAACCAAUACGGCAACACUUUCUUCAACAAAGGGAUCUACGGUUACAACAUGUUGGAAAAAAUCAUCACUAACCCAACCUGGAGAAACGUUUUGGUACAAUAUGGAAUCUUCGACAAAAAUGUUUUGGAUCAGAUUCUGUACCGUUACAACACCCAAGGAUUGUACGAUCAAGAACUUUUGACUCAGUUGGUCAACAAGCAAGCCUUGUACAACUUUUUGGUACAAUAUGGAAUUGUCGAUCAAACCGUAUUGGGAAAAUACGUAGACAACGAAUACCUUGGCUUGAACUUUCUGUUCAAGAACAACUUCUUCCAACAGACUCCAAGAACAACCUACAAACACCUGUUUGGAGUACCUCAAUACACCACCAACAUGAAAAUGUAUGGAGGAGAGUACUGGAAGGAUUUCCUGUAUGGUCAACAAUACUACGGAUACAACAAAGGUCCUUACAGUUAUGGUAAAUUGUACAGUCCUUACAGUUAUGGUAAAUCGUACAGUCCCUACUCCCUCGCUCAACAGGUCUACUAAGAUUUUGAACUUUUCCUAAUUGUUAAGGUUUUUUUAUAUAAAUAAAAGCAUAAAUGAAU